AUGGAUUUAAAAUUAAUUACUGGCACCACAACUAAGAAUUCCAUUUCUGUUACUCUUCUUUUAUCAUUUUGUUUGCUUUCAAUUGUAGAAAACUCAGCUGCACAGUGGCUUACACAUGGAGGUGACAGUACGAACCGAAGGAACGCCGUCGGAGGAGGAGCAAUAAAUCCGAUAACGGUGAAAUUAGGUUUAUUAAGACAAAAAUGGAAAUUCUUAGCCGGAUUCGACAUAACUGCAACACCGUCGGUUGCUGACGGGGCAGUCUACUUCCCGUCGUGGAACGGGAAUCUCUACGCCGUUGAUGCUUCCAACGGAGCGCUGAUCUGGCAGCAGAGUUUGGUGCAGCUGACCGGGCUAACUCCAACGGGGCGUUAUGGCAAUGCAACGGUUUCGAGAGCCACUCCUGUGGUGGCCGGUGAUCUCCUCAUUGUCGGAAUAUAUGGGCCCGCUUAUGUUGUUGCUGUUACACGGGCCACGGGUCGACUCGUCUGGUCAACUCAGCUCGACCCGCGUCCGUUGGCGUUAGUAACCGCUUCUGGAACUGUUUACAAGGGGGGAUACUACGUGGGAGUAUCAUCCCUAGAAGUAUUACUGCCAGCAGGGCAAUGUUGCACCUUCAGAGGAAGUUUAGUGAAACUUGAUGUAAGAACAGGGGCAAUAAUAUGGCAGACCUACACUCUACCGGACAACGGCGGCCAAAUCGGAGGCUACUCCGGCGCCGCCAUAUGGGGUAGCAGCCCCUCCAUCGACACCGUUCGUGGCCGUGUCUAUGUCGGCACCGGCAAUCUCUACCUUGCCCCGGCGGAGGUUCUUCAGUGUCAGGCUAGGCAGAACAACCGAACAACGCCACCGAGCACUGGUGACCAGUGUUUCGGGCCGGACGUUCACUUUGACUCUUUGAUGUCGUUUGAUAUCAACACGGGGAAUAUUGUGUGGGCUCGGCAGCUUGGAGGGUACGAUGUUUUUUACUUUGUGUGUUUGGUUCCGAAUAACCCGGAUUGCCCGACCGGCCCGAAUUUGGAUGCGGAUUUUGGGGAGGCUCCUAUGUUGCUCACUAUCAUUUCGAAUCGGAGAUUGAGGGAUGUUGCGGUGGCCGUGCAGAAAAGUGGCUUUGCUUGGGCGUUGGAUCGAGAUAACGGCGAUAUAGUUUGGUUUACGAAAGCGGGACCCGGAUCCCUAGAAGGAGGAGGCAUAUGGGGUGCCGCCACCGAUGGAGCACGUGUGUAUACUAACAUCGUAAACGGUGACAAUGUUCCAUUCACACUGAAGCCGUCUACGCAAACCACUAUUAGUGGCGGAUGGGUGGCAAUGGACGCCAACACCGGAAGAAUCUUGUGGACCACCGCAAACCCUAGCAAUGAUACCGCAAAUGGGCCGGUGACCAUAGUGAAUGGAGUCCUUUUUGCAGGGUCGGUGGCGCCUAGUGGGCCCGUCUAUGCAAUGGAUGCUCGGACCGGGGCUAUAAUAUGGUCGUUCGAAACUGGGGCUACUGUUUAUGGAGGAGCGUCGGUUAGCUAUGGGUGCGUUUACAUUGGCCAUGGUUAUUCGGUCGGCUUGGCUAGGUUCAAUCCGACUUGGAAUAGCGGGAAGUAUCUCUUCGCCUUUUGUAUUCCGUAAAGUUGGAUGAAAGAUUUGUUACAUACACUAUGGUGUAUAUGACUAGGGAAUUCUUGGUGGAACUCGACCAGUUUGUUUUCCAUUUCAAUAAUCUGAUACCAAUUGAUACGAUCUCUUGUGAAUCUCAAUAAUUCGAUUUAUUCAAUAAUAAUUUAUGCUUGAUGAA